AUUACCUGUAACUUGACUCAGGAAGUUGUGUUGAUGACAUAUUUAUUUACAAGGGAAGUCGACAUUGUUACCUUGAUUUUACUAAGGCAGGCUGUUGUCUAGACUGAUCCAAAAAGCUCUUUUUACCCCAACAUAUCCUGAAAGUAUUUUGGUUAAAUCAUCGAACGACUUGAAAGAUAAAAAAGCAGGUGAAAUUGAGAAAAACAAAACAAAACAAAACAAAAACAGAGCGAACAAAGAGACAUGCAACGGAAACGCCUGAAAAGGUUGCCAAGCUCUACGAUUUACGUCACAGGAUCCGUAUGUCUCCCUUGCGUUACCAAGAGGGCUUUCGAACUGGACCAGUUUUGCCAAAUCGUGAUUUGAAACUAUGACUUAAAAUAUUAAAAAUAACAGCAGCGAAAGGGAAUUUGUUUUUCAAUUCGAUUUCCUAAAAUUUACAACCAGCAUAGGUGCUUGGCGAGAAAUGGAGUUAUGAAAUUCAUUCCCAGUGCGGGUUUUUGAAAAACAUAUUGAGGGAUAAUCACUUAAUAAAUGGGCCUUAAAAUUCUUUCAAAUAAGAACUAAUUCUGCUUGACUUUAAAAGCUCUGAGUAAAUAUCGAUGUACUGUUAAAUAAAGUUUGUUCACCUGUCUACCUAUUUCUUUCCAAAAAUAGCACGCACGUGUGCGUGACCCCGUACCGAGCAGUAUUUAGUUAUAUGCUCAUUUGAAUGACGAGGUUACACGCUCCGAGCAUCUCUCUCGCUUUUGCCAUAAAACAUGGCGGACUUCCUAGCAACGUGAGAUGUACCUUUCUUGUUACCAAACAGUGUAAAAGUGAAUUUAUCGCAGAUAUUAGAUCGUAGUCAAGAAUGAGUUUGAUACGCGCUUUUGUUAUAAGCUUUGUAUUCAUGCUCGUGGCGCAAGGCUCACUAGAAGCGGGUCAGUUGUUCGCUCCCCGCGAUACGAUCGGAAGCGACCCAAAAACCGAAGACAGAACUAUAAACAACCGCCUGGCGAUUUGUGAGUCUCGAUGCAGAUCUGAGAGGCAAGACACACUACAUUUCCAAAAGAGAGCUCCUCAGCUGUCUCAGUUGUGCCUCAGAUCCAUGGUACAACUGGACAUCAUAUGCCAUUUUUUACCAGUCUGGGGAAGGACAACCUUUUUGUAAAUUGAUACCAAAGGACCAGCAUAAGUUCAUUCUUGCAGAUGGUGAGGGUUGGGAAUAUCCAAGUGCUAUUCACAUGGUGAUUUACACUUAUCCUCACUGCAACAUCCUCUUAUUCAUCCAGUUGUUUCCGACCCCUCCACCUUUGAAUACGCAUACUGUUCAUAAACUCCCAUUCCAUCUCAUCACUUGUUACACAUAUAAACCAUACUCUUUCUCAACAGACACCAUCAAAAUUGCGGUGGCCGCUUCUGGUGCAGUUUUUGGCCUUGUGUUAUUGGCAGCUUUCUUGUUCUUCAUUUAUCGUAGACGAAUCAGGCCAUGUUCACUUCUUUAUGAAGGUGACAGGCGUCAAGAGAGGUAUUUCAUGCCACCAAACAAUUUAGUCACCAUUCCAGCCCCAGGAAGGCCUACUCCAGUAGCUCUUUCAACAGCUCCAAACGCAGGUCCUGACUCUUUCUACGCAUGCUAUUUUCCUGAAAACGAGUGGUUCAAGCUUCAAGUAGCUUCGGUCGUGAAUUUCUUCAGGAACAAUGGCUACCCAGUGGAGAUGGAUGUGAUGAAUUCCUGCGAACUCUCUAGUGGACCAACUCGCUGGGCUGAACAACAAAUUCGGCGAGCUCGAAAUGUCCUUAUAUUUCUGUCUCCGGGACUUUUGCGUCUUUCUGGAGUUGACGAAGAUGAUCCGGAAACUCAUCAGGAACACGAGCGCGUUUGGUAUGAACUUGCUUUGCUUAAGAAAAUUUUCCUACAGACUCACUCCGCUAGUAAAAUGGUGUGCAUUGCUCUACCAAAUACGAACAUUAAACCUCAGGAACUCCCUCUGUGGGCUGAGCUGAUCUAUAAAUGGCCUGAGGAUGAGCAGAAAAUUUUCAAGCGCUUAAACGACAAACCUAUUAUCCAGCCCUGGAAGUGCUGAAGAUGACGAAUAGAAAUGUAUUAUGACGAAUGAUCUGCAAUCUUGUUUUUUUAUUGUGUAAGGGAGCCAAGGCGGGGCUUCAAUAUUGAGAACGUUGAAGAAAAUAUGUACAUUCAGUGUUCCUUUGCUAUACGAAGAUUGACGCGAUCAUCAUCGUUCAGAGGUUCAA